CUCUGAUGUUUAAUGUUUGUUUAAACUUAAUAUCCACAUAUUUUGAAAUACGAGUGUGUCGUAACUUUACCAAACUCGUGUACUAUUCUAUUUUCUUCGGUGGGUUGAUUUGAUGCGUAAAGUAUCUCUGUGGCGUAACUCCCACAGUAGGGUGUUGUGAAUAGAGCUUAAACACUGGAGCGCUUUUCUCUGUGCUCUGUCACGUCCUAUGUGACUCACAGUGUAAGCCAGCCAAACCAGCUGACUGGGCACUCACACAUCCCAAAAACCUCAGGCCAGAAAAACUGCGUAAUGCUGCUGGUAAACUCGUAUCACGACUUAAAAAUAUCUUAUUUUUCAUUAGACUUCACUGCAUUUCUCCGCUGAGUGGCAUGGCAGCGCCGCAGGACAGUGUGAGUGGUUGGAGCUGCAGGCGGGUGGCCCAGUGGCUGCAGAAUGAAGGGUUUGGGGAGUAUGAGGAGCUGCUCUGUACCCAGCAUCGACUGGAUGGCCCCAGUCUGCUGGCCCUAACAGAAGCUGACCUACGUGGCCCUCCUCUGGGCCUCACUGUAUUGGGGGACAUCAAGAGACUGGCCUUAGCCAUUCGCCAGCUGCAAAUGCAAAACCACUCACAGCUACAAGUGCUGGGCCUCCAGCCUGUGGACAGUCUGAUCCCUGGACUCCCUCUCACUCCUCAGGCAGACUGGAGCUGGGAAGGUUCAGAGCGUAGAUGUAAUGGAGCAGAUCAUCUGUGCAGCAAUGGGACUGAACUGAGGCACAGGAUCACUGACCGGUCGAGACCUUAUCCAGGAGACCCUCUGUGCCACAUUCACUCCAAUGGGAGGUGUCGUCUGCACCUGGCUGGACGGCUGGACCCCGAGGUGUGGAAGACCGUCGUGAGCUGUGUAUAUGUGUUUUUAGUUUUUGGAUUUACCUCCUUUGUCAUGGUCAUUGUACAUGAGCGUGUCCCGGAUAUGACCACAUACCCACCUCUGCCUGACAUAUUUCUCGAUAGCGUCCCCAGAAUCCCUUGGGCUUUUGCAAUGGCAGAGGCCUGUGGCCUCAUCCUUUGCUACAUGUUCCUUUUGAUCCUUUUACUUCAUAAGCACAGGUCUAUUCUCCUUAGACGACUGUGCUCCCUGAUGGGAACUGUGUUCCUGCUACGCUGCUGCACCAUGUUUGUGACUUCUUUGUCUGUGCCUGGGCAGCACCUCAAGUGUGCGAGUAAGGCAUAUGAUGAUGCUUGGGAGAAAAUACAGAGAGCCUUGACAAUCUGGACUGGUUUUGGCAUGACUCUGACUGGGGUCCAAACCUGUGGGGACUACAUGUUCAGUGGACACACUGUAGUCAUCACAAUGCUCAACUUUUUUGUAACUGAAUACACUCCUCGAACCUGGAAUCUCAUUCACACCAUUUCCUGGGUGCUGAAUUUGUUUGGGAUUUUCUUUAUCCUGGCGGCUCAUGAGCACUACUCCAUUGAUGUAUUUAUUGCCUUCUACAUUACCACUCGCCUCUUCCUCUACUACCACACCUUAGCCAAUACACGAGCCUACCAGCACAGCAGGAGGGCGCGCAUCUGGUUCCCCAUGUUUUCAUUCUUUGAGUGCAAUGUAAAUGGCCCAGUCCCCAAUCAGUACAACUGGCCUUUCAGUAAACCUGCCUUCAUGAAAUCAAUGAUUGGCCAAUAGGAGUAGUUUUUGUAUGAAUUCAUUUAUUUACCUCAUUACUUUUAUUUAUAACCAACUUUAAUCUUUCAAUGCUAAUUUGUUGAAAAUGUUUAAAAAGUCUUAUUUAAAGUCUUAAGUCUGACACAUAUUUAUAUGAUAAACUUGGUGGGUUUCAUGUCAGUUUGAAUACUUUUGGAAAAAAGCCAUUCAUGCUCAAAUAUGUUUACACAGGCCAAACCACAGGAAUUAUGCAUUAUUUACCUUACCUACCUUUAUCUCACCUAGCCUACCUUUACCUUCACUAAUGUUUUCUAUUUUUUUUAAAUAAGAUGUUUACAAAGCUAUAUUUUAAUGGAGAAAAAAGUUAAACUUGUAAAACUGUUAAUUAUAUUUUUAUUUUCCCUAUUGGGUAAAAUGUGUUUUUUUUUUGUUUUUUUUUUUACAUAUUAUUUAUUUUGUGAUAUUAUUGGCAUCUGUAAUUAAAUUUUCUAUUGAAUAGAACACAUCUGUAGAGCUGCAGUUUUUAUAUUGAGUAAUUCAUUUUUGUUCAAAAUAAUGGGAAACAGAACUUAAAAUGCAUUGUUUACAAUACUGAAGGUACUCACUUUACAACUGUUUUACAUCUCAUGCUUUAUUAACAUUGUGUGUGCCAUCUCAGCCCUUUGGCAAUAAAUGUUUACAUAAAUUA